GGCGGAGCGCCUGGGGCGGAUCAAGCCCUCGCGAAAGAAGAGGGCCCAGCCCGGCAGCCGGGGCCGCUCGAGCUCCGCCGGCAAGGCCGGCCGGGAGAGCGCGGCCUGGGCGCAGUGCGCAUGAGCGGCGGAAGGCAGGGCCCGCGAGGAGGAGCCCCGGGAGCCGCUGCCGCCGCCGCCGCCGACCUCGGUCCGCCUCCUCCUCCUCCUCCUGCUCCUCCUCAGAGUCCUCCUGAGCCGGCCCGGCGGGGAGCGAGGCCCGCGCGCAGCCCCAUCAUGAACAAGUUGAAGUCAUCGCAAAAAGAUAAAGUUCGGCAGUUUAUGAUCUUCACGCAAUCUAGUGAAAAAACAGCAGUGAAUUGCCUCUCCCAGAAUGACUGGAAGCUAGAUGUUGCAACAGAUAAUUUUUUUCAAAAUCCUGAACUGUAUAUACGAGAAAACAUUAAGGGAUCACUGGACCGAAAGAAAUUAGAGCAACUAUAUAAUAGAUACAAAGAUCCUCAAGAUGAGAAUAAAAUCGGCAUAGAUGGCAUACAGCAGUUUUGCGAUGACUUGGCACUAGACCCCGCCAGCAUUAGUGUCUUGAUAAUUGCCUGGAAGUUCAGAGCUGCGACGCAGUGUGAAUUCUUAAGGCUGGAAUUCAUGGAUGGGAUGACAGAACUUGGAUGUGACAGCAUAGAAAAGCUAAAGGCCCAGCUUCCUAAAAUGGAACAAGAAUUGAAAGAGCCAGGAAGAUUUAAGGACUUUUACCAGUUUACUUUCAACUUUGCAAAGAAUCCAGGACAGAAAGGUUUAGAUUUAGAAAUGGCCAUUGCCUAUUGGAACUUAGUACUCCACGGAAGGUUUAAAUUCCUAGACUUGUGGAACAGAUUUUUAUUGGAACAUCAUAAAAGAUCUAUACCGAAAGACACUUGGAACCUUCUUUUAGACUUCAGUGCAAUGAUAGCAGACGAUAUGUCAAAUUAUGACGAGGAAGGGGCCUGGCCUGUUCUUAUCGACGACUUUGUGGAAUUUGCACGACCUCAGAUUGCUGGAAUCAAAAGUACGACAGUGUAGGCUCUCGGAACCUUCUAACAUGUACCUAGUCUGUACAAAUAAACAUAAUGGGGAAAAAAAUUGCAGUCCCUUUCUGCCAAUGACUGAACUGGACCGAAGACCAAUCCUCAAGAGAUAAGAGCUGAGGGUGGCUGCAAACUUGUAAGGAUUAUACCUUGGACCAUAUCAGACUACAGGUGGCUUGGCCCUCUCUCCCAGCCUGGGCUGCCCUAACCCCUCGGAAACUCCAGCAUUGUGGAUAUAUCAUCUUGCCCCCCCCUCCCCAUCCCUGCUUUUUUUAAUGGAACCUCCUAAUGCUUUCCAUAGAUCUUUCAUUAUUUUUGGAUGACUCUCUGACAUUUCCGGUUUCCAUACCUAAAGUACGUUCUGGUUUUUUGUUUUUUUCCACCAAGCAAACUCUUUGGUAUUCCCGUUUCACAGUCCGAUCUCACGAUCCAACGUGUCCUAAUUCUAAAAAAGCCGAGAGGAAAAACAAAAUUUAUCUUCAGCUAACAUAUUUCGGGGCUAUCUGCAACGACUGUGCUUGAGACUAUCCUAAAACAGUGUGUUUGGAUCCAUUAUUAUUAUCAUUAUUAUUAUUGUUUUUCAAAUGGUCGAUUUACAGCUGUUGUCAGUGUGAGUGGCAAGGGCUUUGUUGUCGUUGUCGUUGUUUGCUUGUGCGGUUGAAAACGGAUGUAGAAACGACCCAGCAAAAACCUGGAUUUUUGUCCCUCUCUGGAACAGGCUUGCCAGCUGCAUCGGUGCGUUAACACCCAGGUCAGCUAAUGACUUUGCGGUGUCCUUGAUGUCAGACGGAUGCCUCAUGCCGAUGGAGGAAGCUUCCUUUAGCAUCCUUGCUUCUGCUGACGGGUGUUUUUUUUUCCUCGCUGACGAGCACAACAGUCCUUUGGCCACCUUGUUUCUGCGCCAUGUUGUCUGUGUGGCAUCAAAAGAAAAGAGGAUGAUAUUGGAGUCUGAACACCGGUGGCAUUCCUGCUAACUUAAUUGGGUCGCACUGUUUCUCAGGCAGGUGUGGGCACAGCUUCAUCUGGGAAUUGGGUCAUUAUCCCGUAUUCCCAAAGGGAGAGAACCUGUCCACAUUUGAUAACAUAACCGCUAUUUCUGUCUCUUAUUUUUUUACGGAGUGGUUGAAAUUAGAGCAGAGGUCUUCAAACCUGGCUACUUUAAGACUUGUGGACUUCAACUUCCAGAAUUCCUCAGUCAGCUUUGCUCUGGGAGUUGAAGUCCACAAGUCUUAAAGUGGCCAUGUUUGAAGACCUCUGAAUUGUAUUAUUGAGCCUGGCUGUUCUUAAGUUUCAAUAGGCGAGGCUUUGCCCAGUAAGAACCAGUGGGCACUCUAAUGUGGGAAUAAGAAAUUGCUCACCGUUGCUCUUAGACUUACCCAGUCUUAUUAGUCAUUCAUUCAUUGCCCAGUUUUAUUAGCCUUGAAAUGUUCAUUUUUCUCUUCAAGGAACUCUCUCCUUCCCCCUCAGCCACUAAAUUCUACUGAAUUGUUAAGACUUGAAUGCAAUACUCAACUUGUAAUACUUGCCACCUUUUUAUAAAACUCUUGAUUUGAGCCCAGGAAGGUUUUGCAAAAUAACCAUGAAUGUAAUGCAAAUUUAUUUCGAGGCUGAGUAGCAUAAGCCAAACCCCACUCGAGGGUGAGUAGGACUGCCACGAGGGAGCCCUCUUUGCCUCUGGUGGGUUCUUAUUUUACAACCACAGUUCACUGUGAUCAUCAUGCAGAGACAUCCCAGCUGCCCAGAACAAGCUUUUUCUGUGGGCCUAUGCAAACCUCACCAGCCUGAUGCCUGCGAAUAUUUAGAAUUUCAGAUUUGACCCCGGAAGUAGAUGGUUUGCAAGUCUGAUAGCCUCCAGAUGAGGGAAGGGUGUUAGAUAGCAACUACGUGAAGAGGAAACCUCCCUCUCCCUUUACAUUGACUACAGUGGGAUCUAUGUGUGGAGUAAAUACUAACUGGAGAUCCCGCUUAAUCCAGGGCCUUCUCUGUUGGGUCAUCCAUCUUUUCCAUGCCACUCCAAAUUGUAUUUGACGUAAUCCAGCUAAAUAGUUUUGGCACUUUCAAUGGAAGUGAGAGAAUCCUUUUUACUUGAUUCUGCCAUUGUCUACACCGGAGAGUAGCUAUGUACGUUACCAUGUGGCUGGAUCAUAACCAAGACUAAGGCGGAUUUAAUGUUUUUAGUGGUAAAGGGAGGGGGAGGGAAUCAAAGUUGUCCUUUUGGGUACCAGCAAAGGGGACAAGGGCAGGUAGCAACAUGGGCAAUGCCCUUAUCAUGUCAAUGCUGCAGCUUGCACCAGACACGCAUGUAAGUGUAGCAUUGGCAUGAAAACACCAUGACACAUGUCAUUGAGUGGCCACUGCAACUUGCUGCAGAUACCACUAAGUGGCCCCAGAGACUUGCAUGUUCCUUGCCCACCUACCUACCUACAUUGCCCGCUUCUCUUUUCCAGCAUGAAGCAUAUUUAGCUUUGAAUUUCACUGAAGUUCGAUGCUAACACUGCUUAGUUGAAAACCAGGACAUGGACUUUAGGUCAGGAACUAGCCCGAGUCUGCAGAUUGCAAUUAUUGCAAAGUUCACCGUUUUUAAACAUGUGCUGAAACGGAAAGGACUUAGCCAGGCGAGAGAAGCAGACGGACAUCCAGCAUUUUCAGGUUUUUCAAUCAUGAUGAAAGAUUGAAAAUGCUACACUCACUGUGGUCCCAGUAUGUUUUGGCUUGCCACACUAUUUUUUUGUCCAACCGUAGACAUUUUAAAAAAAAUACUUAACACUUGUGGUUUUAAUUCUUUGUGUUUUUAUAUGAUAGCAGCACUUGAAAUACCUCCUGGCUUUUAAUCGUUUUAACACCACUUUGCCCUUUCCUUAAACAAAAACAUAAUCGUUCGAUAGAACAACAUUGGAAACAUGGAUUCGAGGUAUCUAAAAAAACUCCUUUGUAAUAUUUAAGAAUGAGAAGGGCAAGUUUGAUAUAGUUCAUGAUGUUUUCUUGCUAAUGUCUCUUGUAUCCAUGUCAUUAAAAUGCACUUUUACGCAGAUGCUAAAAUAAUAGGAGGAAAAAUCUUAAUUGCUUGAUUUUUAUUUUUAAAAACCAACUCUUGUCAGGAUCCUACAGCCACUCCCUUGGUAACCUUUUGGAAAAGUUUAAGGAAACCAUUGAAUAAAAUUGGAAAUCUUUUAGCUGCUGGAAUUGGCAAAGUCAAGUAUGUUAUUUACUCUUUGUUUCUUCUCUUGUGUAAAUAUCAGCGAAGACUUGAAUUAUGAAAACUCUACAAAGGGUGCGUGUGCUGUUUUUUCUGUCUUAAAAUUUGGGUACAGCUUUCUCAGAAUGAGUCAUUGAUGUAUGCUGUGUAUUUUUUGUGUUUUAGUGUGUGUGUGUGUGUUUCUUUUUUUAAAUUUUAAUGAGAUGUACUGAAUUCUAUCCCUGUGCUGAAGAUUAGGGCAUAGAUGCCAUGUUGUUCUUGUUUUUUUUUAAAGAUGAUUCCUUUUGCAAUGUUGAGGCCUUUUCAACAAAAUGGAAUUUGCCAUCAGUUUGGUACUACACAAUUUAUAAUUACUGUGUAAUUAUAAAACUGCAUUACAUAAAAGCAUUGCUGUCUUAAGUAGCAGAAAAACUGAGGUUGUUUGUGUGAUAGCAUUCUUGAAUUUUAAAAAGUGAUUUUAAAUCCAGAGGCAAAAAUGGGUCACCUGCUUUUCAGUGGGUCGUGUUCUGUCUAAAGUGGUGCUAGGGUUUGACUGUGUUUAGUGGCAGAAAUAUUUGGCUUAAUUAUUUGUUUCUGAAUGUAAAAUGCCUGGCUCUAGCAAAGACUAAAAAUGUUCAGACAUAUCCCCAUGUAUGUGUGCAUGAUUUUUUUUAAAAAGAAGUUUUAAAAAUGUAAACUGAAUUUCUACUUGGGUUGAUUUAAUUAAUAAAAACAACCCACGUGUCCAUCUCACGGUAACUUGACCCUUCCUAAAUCAUUUUCCUUUUGCCAAAUGCCAGACAAGCAGUAAAUGCUUAAAUCUCAUCUACUUUUGGAGUUUUAUUGUCAGUAUGUAAGACUAGAUCUUCUCAGCCAUGCAGAUCACUUGGUAAUUUUAUUUCGGUCACGCGAUCAACAUUUUUCUGUAAUUUGAAUUGUAACUACUGAGAAAUUAAAUACUUUCCGGCAAUCCAGAGUCAAUAAAAUACUACGCCCUAUUGUCAUGGCAAAAACAUUCACUUGAAUUAUGCCAUUGGAGAAGAAGCAAAAAUGACUGUUUCUUGAUUAGUUUUAUUUUUUAAAAAAAGAUCAUGGUGAGGAGAGGAAUAAGAGAAUGUUGCAAAUUAACAUUGUGCUUGCCAUAAAAAAAAAAAAAAACUAGAUUAUGGUUGCACAAACAGAGGGUUUCUUUUUCCCCAAACAUGGUUUGAAGUUUCUAAUUUGUGGGGUGAGAAAAAAAUAAGUGGUACCUUGAUGUUUUCUUUGGUUGGUCCAAAGCUAUGAAUUGUGAACCUGCUAAAUAAAGUAACUUAUUUCUUCAAAACUA